AUGGGUUGUAAUACCAGUACUGUCUCAUCUGAUGGUAGUGCUGAGGUCAAAGUUUAUCAUCACCAAAAAGUCAGUGUUCGUAUUGGACAUAAUGUUAAACUGCUGAAAAAAGAACCAAUCAUCAUCUUUGUUUUUGGUGGUCCUGGAUCUAAAAAGGGGAGAUUAGCCAGUGAUAUUGCUCAAACAUUCGGAUUAAAACUUAUUAAUGUCAGUGAAUUGAUAAUGGAUGAAGUGGCUAAAAAAGUAGAAGAUCCUGAUCCAUUCAAUCUACGUGCUAAAAUACAGACCACAAUAAAGGAUGAUCCAACCAUGGUGAAACUGAUCUGGGUGACUAGAGAAAUCUCCCGUAUUAUAGAUGAGAAUCCUAAACAGAAUUAUCUGAUAGAUUUGAUGCCUAAUUUAAAAUCAUUGGUUAAUAAUAAUAGUUUUGUUAAAGAAUGUACCAAUGAAAUGAAACUAUUUGAAGGAAAGUAUCCAAUAUCCUUCGCAAUCAACUUCUCAGUUCCAUUAGAGAAAUUAGUUAAAAAGAAACCAGAACCAGAAUGUGCUAAACCCGAAACUAAGGCUUCUAAGAAUGAUGCCAAGAAAAAAGAAGGUGCCAAUGUAAAAAGUGAUGAAGCUGAUUCCUCCAGAACUAAGAAAAGAGCAAUGUUAUUUGAUCAGAAUGUGAAGCCAUUCCUAGAUUAUUUCCAGAAAUCAGAAAGAUUAUUAACAGUAGAUACCUCAACUGGAAUGUUGGAAUUUAUCUGGAGUAAAGUUUGUGAAGUUUUCUCAGAUUUAGAAUUAAAUACUUUACAAAAUGUAGAAACUGUCAUCAUCUUCUGCUACAAAAUUAUGGUGGAAAGUUAA